UGCAUUAUCUGGUCUGGGUCCUAAUGGGUCCUAGGUCCUACUAGAAAGACCAAUGAACCCAUAUCUCAGACGAAAGGACCACCAAUUCUCAGCCCGAGGACCAAUGACGAGGAACUCUCCACUGAAGUCCCCUGUGAAUCCUGGUACAAGUACCACUCUGACCAUCAUCUGACCGUGCAGAGAAUUUUAAUCCUACAAAAAGUUUUCUUUCUCAGAGCAAUAUAACAAUAUGCUAGUUCAGUAAAAGCACCUGUUUAAGACUGAAAACCAACGUUCUAGAAUGUUUUGUUGCUAUGACAUAUCUGGGUGUGGGGGGGGGGCUCUGUCAUUCUCCCUCCACCAUCUCUAACUUCUGCCCCCCUCUUUGAGGAAAUAUCCGCAACUAUGGGAGUUCUAGUUGAAGUAACUUCCAGAAGUAGGUAUUAAUAAAGAAAGCACUUCCCAUUUGAAAGCUGGACUUUCUGUUCCUAUUGUCAGAAAGGCCAGUUACAACAAGAGGCAGAUUUUCAGAUUAUUUGAGCUCCAGGUAGAUGAAUCAACAAACCAGGACUCAGAGGAAAACUCUUGAAAUCCCUCCUUUCUGUUCCAGUACUUCCCAGUGUUCCCCCACCAGCCCUGCACCCCCUGCGCAACUCUUAGGUAAAAGAACCCCACAUUCUUGGUCUGGCUAAUUCUUUGGAAGGAGGAAGCAGGCUGAAGGGUGUGUGUGCAGGCUAAAGGCAGGUACUGAAAAGACCGUGGGGGCUUAAACUAUCAACAGGGUGUUGGGAAGGGAUGUGAAGCCAAGAGCUACUGGAUGCACAAUGGGGGAGGGGGGUGCACCUUUCCGACUCCCAGAUAUCAACACAUUAUUAGAUAACCCACUGAGUGGGAUUACAUUGGGUGGGGCGGGGAGGCUCCGGUCUGAGGUAGGUAGGAUUGGGAGCAGGCAUUAGAUGGAGGUAUGAGGUCUGAAAAUGUAUACGAAGCCUUGGGAGAAGAUGGGCAAGGAUUCUGAUUCGGGCAUGGUGCAGAGAGAAUGAAAAGGCUGAGGAAUUUCAGGACGGUGACUGCGGAAGCCUUUGGGCCACUGAGGGGAGAACGAGAUGUGUCUGCAGACCGCCACCAAUGUCAGUUCAGGAUUCUGACUGCUCCCUCCAACAGGACAGCCCUAUGUUCAGGGAGCCAGAUCCACCCGUCAACUCAGAUGGUGACUCAGGCCACCAGCCAGUGGAGGGCUAUGAGGAAACCUCUGUUCAGGUUCCUCCAGGCUCAAGCCUGGGCCCGCCUUGCCUGGAUAUCAGCCAAGCCUCAAACUGGCCUGGGUUUCGGACCCUUCUUCAGCAGCUUCCUCCACAGGACAGUGAUGAGCGCUACUGUCUGGCCCUAGGGGAGGAGGAACUGGCCCAACUGCGACUCUUCUGUGCCCAGCGGAAGCAGAAAUCCCUAGGGCAGGGGGUGGCCCGCCUGCUACCUCCCAAGCUUGAAGGACACACCUGUGAGAAGUGCAAGAAGCUGCUGAAUCCAGGAGAGUAUGGGGUGUUUGCGGCCAGGGCUGGUGAGCGGUGCUGCUGGCACAGACCUUGUUUUGCUUGCCAGGCCUGUGGUCAGGCCCUGAUAAACCUCAUCUACUUUUACCACGAUGGGCAUCUCUACUGUGGCCGCCAUCAUGCAGAGCUCUUGCGACCUCGAUGUCCUGCUUGUGACCAGCUGAUCUUCUCUCAGCGCUGCACCGAGGCCGAGGGACGGCGCUGGCACGAGAACCACUUCUGCUGCCAAGACUGCGCCGGGCCUCUGGGUGCAGGACGUUAUGCCCUGCCCGGGGGCAGUCCCUGCUGCCCCAGCUGCUUCGCCAGCCGCUACCAGAGUGCAGGCUCUAGCUCAGGGGCACUGGAAGGGCAGGCGUCCCUUGGGGAAACAAGACCCGAUCCAAGCAUCAGCUGGAACUGUGCCUCCUCGGAUGACAAAAUCACCUCCCGAGCUGCGCUUCCCUCUACAGUCGCCAGCCCCACCCUAGAAACACCGAGCCGGGCGUCCAAAAGGCAGGACCGCCCACAGACGCCCAGAAACCCCAAAGAGGACAGCCCCUGCCCCACCUGCUCCUCUUCCUCUGAGUCGGAACCCGAAGGUUUUUUCUUCGGCCAGCGCCUUCCAGGUCCCUGGAAGACCCCGGAGAACCUCCAGGCAGAUGACAGAGACAUCUCCAGGAAGCACUGCACCAUUUGUUAGUGGCGCGGCCCAGAGAUCAGGGUAGUGGCAUGGGGGACCUGUGAAGCAGGAUAACAAGACUGUGCUGUGUAAAAGACCCGAGACUGAAGGCAGGCACGCGCUCUAACCUGAAGAAAACUUUCUUGGGGACACACCACUACCCAGAACUUCCUGGGUGAGCUAGCCCCUAUCCCCACGGGCUGGGAUAGCCCCACCCGUAAACUAACGGAGUGGUGGAACAGCAC